AUGUCAGCGACAUCGGCUCAGAAGGACUACAAGCGGCCAACGACAUUCAAGGAGUUUUAUGGGCAUUGCAAGCACCUACGUCCUUUCAUCUGGCCAUCCAACUCGCGAAAACUUCAGACCCAUAUCAUGCUUUGCCUGUGCCUGCUAGUGGUUGGCCGAAUUGUGAAUGUGCUGGUACCUCAGCAUGUGGCGAAUGUUAUCGAUGCCCUGACAAAGGUGGAAAAUGGAAGUCCUGGGGGUACGGACGAGAACGGCAACCCGCGAUUUGUCUGGAAGGAAAUUAUGAUCUUCAUCACACUCAGGACACUACAGGGUAGCAUCGGUGCUGUCGAUACCCUUCAAGCACUGCUGUGGAUCCCUGUUGGACAAUUCAACACACGUGAACUGGCGGUCAAAAUGUUUGAACACUUGCUUGACCUUUCUCUCCGAUUCCAUCUCAACCGCAAGACAGGCGAGAUGCUUCGCGUUCAAGACCGCGGUGUUUCGUCGAUUGUAACCCUGCUCUCUUCUCUGCUGUUCAACAUCCUGCCAUGCUUGGUCGACAUUGCAAUUGCUUGCUAUAUUCUCACCCGUGAAUUCGACAUUUACUUUGGGAUCAUCGUCGCCAUCACUAUGGUCUGCUAUAUCUAUGCUACCAUUCUCAUGACGGAUUGGAGAACUCGCUAUCGCCGUGAAUCGAACGCCCUGGACAAUGCGGUAGAGGCGCGCGCAGUCGACUCCUUGUUGAAUUACGAGACGAUCAAAUUGUUUGCAACAGAGGAGUACGAAGUCGGUAAAUAUACCGAAGCCAUCACCGCAUACCAGCAGGCUGAUCGGAAAUCGCAGUAUACCCUCGCUAUCCUCAACACCACACUCAACAUCGUGAUCCAGGGAGGCCUGGCACUUGGAUGCUUGCUCUGCGCCAAGAGGGUAUCCCAAAAGGAGAUGGGGGUUAAAGGGUUUGUCAUGUACUAUACCUACAUCCUCCAGCUCUAUGGCCCCUUGAAUCUCUUUGGCACAUCAUAUCGAUCGCUACAGAAAAACUUUAUUGAUAUGGAAAAGAUGCUGGAUCUAUUCAAGGAGCCAGUGGAGAUACAGGAUCAGCCUGAGGCAAAGCAGCUUGUGAUGACUGGCGGAGAAGUCGUGUUUGAAAACGUCUCAUUUGGAUAUAGCCCACAGAACCCGAAUCUAAAGUCAGUCUCCUUUAGGAUUCCACCGGGCAAGAAGCUAGCCCUGGUGGGGCCUUCUGGAGGUGGCAAAUCAACGAUUCUGCGCCUGCUUUUCCGAUUCUACGAUCCAACCCGGGGCAGGAUCCUGAUUGAUGGCCAUGAUAUCAAGACGGUGACGCAGACCAGUUUAAGGAGAAAGAUCGGAAUCGUGCCGCAGGACACAGCCCUGUUCAACGAGAGCAUCGGGUACAACAUUGGCUACGGCAAAAUCGGUCAAGACCAUGACGGCCGAAUCCAGGCAGCGGCCGAGGCUGCACGGAUACACGAGAUCAUCAGUCGGUUCUCUGAGGGCUAUGCGACGCGUGUUGGAGAGCGCGGCAUGCGUUUAUCUGGAGGCGAGAAGCAGAGGGUGGCGAUCGCAAGGACUAUCCUGAAAAAUCCGCCGAUCCUCCUUCUGGAUGAGGCAACCAGUGCUCUGGACACGCAGACGGAGCGCGAGAUCCAGAACUCGAUUGAAUCCAUCUCGAAGGACAGGACGACACUUAUGAUCGCUCAUCGAUUGUCGACCAUUGUGGAUGCGGACGAAAUUCUGGUGAUCCAGAAGGGCGAGAUUGCAGAGCAGGGCAGCCAUGAACAACUCAUGCAGGCAGGGGGAAUCUAUGCUGCGAUGUGGAUGCAACAGCUACGGGAGGAUCGAACGCCGGCACCCAGUAGUCAUUCUAGCCAAAAGGAGUCGUCCAAGGGAGAGGAGACCGACGACAUGGACUCGUCAGAUGAGAAUGCUCAGCUUGGACGUCUUCGGAUUCGAAGGAGCCACAACGUGCGGUAUCCGAAUUGCCAGCAGAGCAUUGGACACCAUGGAGACAAGAAAACGAUGUCGUUUUCGCUGCCGACCUAUGCGACGGGUUAUGGCGGAUCCGGUUCGUCUGGUGGCGGUGCAGGUUCUGGAUCUGGGAUCGGGUCAGGAAUUGGAUCGAGGUAUGGUCAUUUGCAGAGCAGCAACUUUGAUGGAUCCGCAGCGAGGGGUGUGUCUUUACUACCAGAACCAGGGACGAUCCAGGAGCUGUCGGAUGAAUACCUGUAUGACGAGGACGAUAUGCCCGAUGUGCCUUUAGAGCCCAGGCCUCCCGCCUGA